GGUCAUCCUUGUCAUCAAGGUCACGAGGCGCCACCUUGGUCGUAGGCGUUCUAUUUGCUAUCAGUGCACCCAAAAAAACUCCAUCCCAUCCACCACCAUUUUCCUCUCCCCCCUUCUUUUACCUGGUCAUCAUCAUCUUUCUCUUUCUCCAUGAUAACCCAACAAACCCAUCUUCCUCAAAAUCGCAGAGGAAAGUUGACAAACCCACCAACCUUGUUGUUGCUGCACCACCUUCAUAGAUCAGAUUUUUAAUCGCAUCAAUGCGGUUCCUCUUCUCUCCUUUUCUGUAAAUACCACCUCCCUUUUUUCUGUCUUCUCUCCCUCCGGGCUUUGAGAUGCAUAUAACUCAAACAAAGAGAGGAGUAUCCAAUGGGGGCAAUGUCCAGAGACUCCAUUGGAAGGUUAUCAACACCGUGAACAGCACCAAUAAAAUCAUCAACGGAAACACCAAUGGGAAUGCUGCCAAGAAGAACGCCACCAUCAAGGUGAAAUUCACCGACCUUUACGAGUUCUCUGUAGAGGGGAACCUUGAUGAUGUGAAUGUAUUGAACGAGGUGAGGGAGCGGGUGAGGCAGCAGGGGCGUACUUGGUGGGCUUUGGAAGCUAGCAAGGGUGCCAAUUGGUACCUGAAGCCGCAGAUUUCUUCGCUUUCGGAAGCUCUUACCGUUUCGUCGUUGAAGAUUUCCGUUCUCGCAGACACCAUCUUGUUGAAGCGGUUGAUCAGGAAGGGCAUUCCUCCUGUUCUUAGGCCGAAGGUCUGGCUCUCUUUGUCGGGGGCGGCGAAGAAGAGGUCGAUGGCGCCGGAGACCUAUUAUGCCGACCUCAUCAAGGCUGUGACGGACAAGGUUACGCCUGCAACCCUGCAAAUUGAUCACGAUUUACCACGUACAUUCCCAUCCCAUCCUUGGCUGGACACACCAGAAGGUCAUGCAUCUUUGAGACGUGUUCUAGUUGGUUAUUCGUUUAGAGACUCUGAUGUUGGAUACUGUCAAGGAUUAAAUUAUGUGGCUGCACUGCUGCUGCUUGUGAUGAAGACGGAAGAAGAUGCAUUCUGGAUGCUUGCCACCCUUCUGGAAAAUGUGCUAGUGAAUGAUUGCUACACUGACAACUUAUCUGGUUGCCAUGUUGAACAAAGAGUAUUCAAAGAUCUGCUUUCAAAAAAAUGUCCAAGAAUUGCUACUCAUUUGGAGGCUAUGGGGUUUGAUGUGUCUCUUGUUGCCACAGAAUGGUUUCUGUGCCUCUUCUCGAAAAGCUUGCCAUCAGAGACAACCAUGAGGGUGUGGGACGUCCUAUUCAAUGAGGGUGUGAAUGUUUUGUUCCGUGUUGCUUUAGCUAUCUUCAAGAUGAAGGAGGAGGAAUUGUUGAGUGUCAAUCAUGUUGGAGAUGUGAUCAGUAUUUUGCAUACAACCGCUCAUCAUCUUUUUGAUCCUGAUGAACUCUUGACGGUAGCUUUUGACAAGAUUGGCUCUAUGACAACAAACACCAUCACAAAACAGCGGAAAAAGCAGGAACCAGCAGUAAUGGCAGAACUUGACCAGAGAUUAAGAAGACUCAACUCCUUAAAAAAGGAUUGAUGUGCUUUAGCAUGUAAAAGUCGUUUCAAACACAUCUUCUGUAAUAUAUCAUCCUAAUCUGUUGAUAGAAAAAGUCUCUUGUAAAGGUCUUAUCUGCAGGCAAAAAGAAAAAGGAAAAGCGAAAGAGAUGUAGUUUUGCAAUUCUUACCAGCAUAUUUGUUGUAUAAGUGAAUCCAUGAGAAAGCUCAAAUAUUUGGCACAGGGCUUUCUUGCUCCACUAAUUUUGUUAGGCCAACAAUUGCAGAUCUGGUUAUCCCUUCU